CUGGCUAUGCUUUUUGGCCUUUUCCAGGUGGUCAGGAAGACAAGCGCCCUUCAUUCCUACUCACUGCCUAUUCCUCUUUGUAAAGUCAGCUUCUGACAGCAGCCUCCAGCUCCAUCCCCUUCUCUGGACCAACCUGGCCUGUCCCUUUUGUCCUCCCUAAGGCCACACCUGGUAGCCUCACAAGAGCUGGGAAGGAGCAAUUCUUGAUGUCUAAUCACAUUGUUCAUCAUUUUGUCCUCUAGACAGAGAACGGAUUAGAUAUGAUGUCCCUCUCUGGUACUGGGUGACAGGGACUCAUGCACCUCCCAGAGUUCAGCUGCUUCCCCUGAGGUAUGCGUGGCUCCUAGGAGAGAGGACUCGGUGGUACCUGUGUCUGCCAGGCCAGAGGACUCACAGCCUGUCCUGUGGUGCGUGGUCAGCUUAGCCUGGACUGCAGAUGGGCAUACUUCUUCCGUUGUUACCUGUCUGCUUCGGAUGUUCCUCCUGAUGCCAAAGAAAUAAGUGGAAGGGAACUCGUGGGUCCUCUUUCUCCUCUGCUUUCUGGUGUGAUUAUCACUGUGCCCCAAAAAGGCAGAGAAGAACCUGCGUUCUGGGACGCCAUCCUGGAGGCCUAGCCCUCCCAUUACUAGCCAAGUUUGGGAACUCCCUGGGACACAUCCUGGGAGUGUGCUCUUAAAAUCUUCCUCACAUGUUCUGUCUCCAUAGCUGCUGAGCCAUGGGCUGCAGGCCUCUGGGGCCAGCCCAUCCUGUAUGCAUCUCAGGCAUUACUCUAGACGAGUUCUGUGAACCUGCUGCCUUGACCCAAGCUGUCUACAGGAAAUGGCUAGGGGGCAGAUGUCAGCCUUGUUGGGCCUAGGGUGAUGGGAGGGAGCUCCUGACCCUAGAUUUUUCCUACCUUGGAGGAGGUGGCACAGACCAGUAGACAGUAGACUUAGUCUUCUGAAAGGGAAGCCCCUGUCCAGCAGAGUUGAGGGACAAGGGGAAGCAAGUGGCAGAAGGGAUGCAGGCAGCUUCUCUAAGCAGCCAUGGAGGUCUCCAGGUGAGGCAGUAGUAGCCAGAGACAGCAGGAAGGGCAUCUUAGGUUCCAUCUCCCUGCUUUUUUUGGUUUUGACUGAGGAGUCACUGGCAGCAGUUUCCUCCUGGGAGAUUUUGGCAGCACCUGGAAGAUUCUCAAGGAGGCAAGCCUUCUGUGUCGUCUGCACAGGACUGAGAGAUGUGCCACCUCCCGUAAGCUGUUUCUUGGAAGAGAUAGGACACAGACUUCAGGGUCUCCUGAAGUCAGGCCCAGGAGCAUCUGGAGUCUUGUCUGGCCAGACACCUCUUCUUGAGAUCACUAAAGGAGAUAAGUGGAGAGCACGAACUCUUACCAGUGCUGCAGAUCUUUGCCAAGCAUCUUCUGUGCCCAGGACCCUGGGUGUUGGGGAUCAGAACUGUGUCAGAAUCGGAGACAGGAUACCAAAUGGAUGUGUCAUUUCCACCUAUGCUAGGACAAAACUUUGUGGAUGGUCUCAGCCUGCAGACCCUGAAGGACAGUGUCUUGCCCCUUGGAGACCUGGAGGGAAAGCACCCCAGGCAUAGGAGAGCAUACACAGAGAGAACAGAGCCAACAUGUUCAGCAAACAGGAAGGAGGCCAGUGUGGCGAGCAGAAGCGAUUGAUGCAGGAAGCCACCAAGGGCUCUUGCAAUGCGGAUCGAACAGAUGGGGGUGCUGUAAACAGCAGACCAUCAGCAGGGGCAGGUGGAGGUGCCAGCACUGGCCAUGAGGUCAGCGGGAGGCUCCAGUCCUGAAGCAGGAGAAGAUUCCGACCGAGAAGAUGGAAAUUACUGCCCUCCUGUCAAGCGAGAAAGAACAUCCUCUUUAACACAGCUCCCGCCUUCACAGUCAGAGGAAAAGAGCAGCGGGUUCCGGUUGAAACCACCAACACUGAUCCAUGGCCAGGCACCCAGCGCAGGUCUGCCAAGCCAGAAGCCGAAGGAGCAGCAGCGCAGCGUACUCCGCCCCGCAGUCCUACAGGCCCCACAGCCCAAGGUCCUGGCGCAGACCGUCCCCAGCAGUGGCACCAAUGGCGUCAGUAUCCCAACAGACUGCACAGGGACCACGACAUCAUCGUCACCAGAAAACCCUGCGCGGCAAAGUCCCUCUGAGGCUGCCGAUGAGGUGCUCACACUUGAGAAGAAGGAGCCACGGAGAAAUGAGUAUAGUGGUGUUUCGGAGGAGGAGAGUUGUGAGAGGACAGAGGAGGGUGCACGGCAGGCAUUCGUGUUCGGGCAGAACUUGAGGGACAGAGUGAAGCUAAUGAAUGAAAUCACUGACGCUGCUGACAUGGAGAACAUGGGACACCCCAGCUCCGAAACGCCCACCGCCACCAACUACUUCCUCCAGUACAUCAGCUCCAGUGCAGAGAAUUCAACCAACAGUGCCGAUGUCUCCAGCAACAAGUUCGUGUUUGGCCAGAACAUGAGCGAGCGUGUGUUGAGCCCCCCCAAAUUGAAUGAGGUCAACUCAGAUGCCAACAGGGAAAACACAGCUGCAGAGUCUGGAUCCGAGUCCUCUUCCCAGGAGGCCACCCCAGAGAAAGCCAAUAACAUUUCAGAGUCCCUGGCCGAGUCCGCAGCCGCCUACACCAAGGCUACAGCACGGAAGUGUCUGCUGGAGAAGGUAGAAGUCAUCACUGGCGAGGAGGCAGAGAGCAACGUGCUGCAGAUCCAGUGUAAGCUGUUUGUCUUUGACAAGACCUCACAAUCAUGGGUGGAGCGAGGCCGGGGACUGCUCAGACUCAACGACAUGGCAUCGACCGAUGAUGGGACAUUACAGUCCCGACUGGUGAUGCGGACCCAGGGGAGCCUGCGGCUCAUCCUCAACACCAAGCUGUGGGCCCAGAUGCAGAUCGACAAGGCCAGUGAGAAGAGCAUCCGCAUCACAGCCAUGGACACCGAGGACCAGGGCGUGAAGGUCUUUCUGAUCUCGGCCAGCUCCAAGGACACUGGCCAGCUGUACGCGGCCCUACACCACCGAAUCCUGGCCUUGCGCAGCCGCGUGGAGCAGGAGCAAGAGGCCCAGGCCCCUGUGCCUGAGCCUGGAGCCCCAUCCAACGAAGAUGACAGUGACGAUGACCUGCUGGCCCCCUCAGGAGCCCCCGGAGCAGGUGCAGGUGAGGAGGGGGACGGGCAGGUGCCCGGGAGUACAUAGCGGGCGGAGGUGCCCCUGUGCAGAGGCUGCUGCUUUGGCGUCUGUGGCCGCCUACCCUCCCCAAAGGCAGCAUCAGCUGGGGUGGAACUACAGCCUGGACCCCACGCCCGUUCCGAAGCAGACUCGGGAACUGCCUGGAUGUGGUUUGGGACACAAGACCUCAUCAUAUUGAUGAGCAAAAAAGAACGCUCCUCCCCAACUCCCCCGAAUUGAAAUGGCACAUUAAGACUUGUCACGGCUUCUCACUGGGACUGGAGACUUCGUUUCUUCACCUGCGUGUCGAGCCUCUGGGCCUCCCCACCGCGUGCCCUCCCUCCUGUGGGUCCCCACCACACCCCGGGACCCUCGCGAGUGUCAACGCUGGGCCCUGGAUGCUCAGUUUACUACACUCUUUGUUCCUGUUUCCCAUCUUCUGAUUUGGGGUUUAUAUUUUACAGAUCUUAUUUUUUUUAUGUCCAAAGGCUUUGGUUUUGGUUUCUUGGAUUGUGAUGCUCUGGUGUACUGGGCAGGGACAGCCCUGGCCCUCGGGCCUCGCGCGGGAGAGCAUUCGCAGGAGAAAGUCACGGGACUUGGGAGGGUCCCCAGGGGCCCUGCCAUCUCUCCCUGUCCAAGUCACGUGAUCCGCCUGCUUCCUGCGUGCAUUGGCCACCCCUGGGUGAGCCCUGACAUCAUCACCCCCAAACUGCUGUGGGCCUGGGGCUGCCGUGAGAGGCAGAAGGGCCUGCCCAGAGUGACGGGGCCCUGCCCGACAGCAGGACAACAGGCCUUCCCAGCACGCCACGCAUAGGAGUGGGCACUGGCGUCUGGCCCAGGCCCAGCGGGGAGGCCACAGCGGAGUCCCUCCUGACCAGGCCUCCUUGGGACAGCAGAGGAAAUGGCCCAGCCCCACUCUUGGGGGCAAAGAAGAGGCCCCGUGCCCCAGCUGUUCUCCCCACACCCAAGGCCUGGAUGGCUCCAGCAGCAACACUGGCACCGGCCAGCGCCAGCACGCCUGGGCCUGGGAAGACACCAGACGCCACCCAGGAGAUCCGGCCACACGUCUCUGCUUUAAGCCUUAGCCAACUAGUGACAAGUAAAACCAGACAAUGCCCAUGUGUUUUGGAACAUUUAUGUAAGAUUGUCAUAUGAAAUGUAUUUGGGAACUACAUUAAAACUUUUAACUAAAA